CCUGCUCAGUUUUUAUGCUGCAAGUUAUCGAUCGAGUAUGGAAGUCCGAGGGUCGCAAGAGAGGCUGCAGAACCAGGCAUUUUGGGACAUAUCGCGGAGUUAUGAGACGUGUCUUGUGGCUGAUGGAGGCUGCUGUUUGAGAUGUCGGGGUCCGGGGUUGGUCGGAUCGUACACACUCCCUCUUCCGAUGUCGCCGGUUUUCCCUUCCGGGGAAGUCUUGACGGAUGACUGCUGUGCGACAGAAGCGGGAGAUUUUGCUUGGAAUGUCUUGCAUACUUGCCGUGUUUCCACGCUCCCACAAAGCCUUGGUAGAACUAAGCUUAUUUUCACUGGAGGCACUUAUCCGUCCUUCCUGGCUGGGCAUCGGGAACGAAUCUCUGUUGGGAAAUAUCGGAACGCUGGGAAGAGUCAAGAGCCCCAGCCGCCCUCUUCCUCCUCUUUCCUCCGCCAAUUCCCUGUUGUUCGCCGGGCAGAGAACAAUCGUGGAGCCUUGGAAUCAGCCUCGUAUUUGUCCCUGCCUGUAACUCGGUUCUCUUGGUAUGCUUCAUUCCUCGUUCGGUUAUGGCCAUCGCAUGAUGUGGACGAAAGGCUCCUUGUGAAGGCUUCUAUACAUACGUGUCGUCUCGUAAGUUCCUCGUUCGCGUUGGAUCCCAUCGAGCAGGAGGAAGCUCUCUCGGCUCGCGAAAGGGUGACGUUGCUCCGACACCUUGGCAAAUGAUGGAUAACUAGAGAUGGCAAUCCGCAUGGUCGACAGGCGACGCGUGCUGAUGUCUCCCUGAUUGGGCUAAUGGAGGCUGAAGGGAAAAGCUGUCGAGCUCUGGGUGCUUG